GUAAGAGAAUUUCCAGGUGCAAUUUCGUUGCUUCUUCCUGAAUUCCUAAAUUAAUUUAGGAUCCAAUCUGAAUUCCCAAACAGGGGAUCCAAUUCUCAUUCGCUCAGUUCUUUAAGUUAUUUUAAUCCCAAAUUUGUCAACUACCCAAAAUUAAUUAAAAUGCAGAGAUCUAUAGUACCAACGGCUAAUUACUGUUACCUCAAGAAUCACAAAUUCAACACUCCCAAACUAAUUUUCACACACUUUCUUGCUAUUAAAAACCCUAAUUUUCAUACAAAGAAUAGUUUUCUUGGGUCCUUAUCAUUUCUGUCACAUGGUCAUUCACAAGGUUACAGCAGUAAAACUUCAUUGUUGAUCAGGAACAUGUCUACAAGAAGUUCGGUGCCGAUUGGGAAGGAGAUGGUUACUGAUAAUGAAGUUGAGCAGAUUGAAUUGCUUGAUGGAGUUGAGGAUUUAUAUGGAGGAGUUGUUGUAGAAAUGAAGGAAAGUAUGGAUCCUGAGAUUUUUACUUCUCUACUUAGAGCUUCCAUCUCACAGUGGAGACUUCAGGGAAGAAAGGGUAUUUGGAUCAAAUUGCCUAUUCAACUUUCUAAUUUGGUUCAUCCUGCAGUUCAGGCUGGAUUUAGAUAUCAUCAUUCAGAACCAGAUUACUUGAUGUUGGUGACUUGGCUAGCUAGUACACCUGAUACACUUCCAGUAAAUGCUACGCAUCGAGUGGGCAUUGGAGCGUUUUUAGUUAAUAAAAACAGAGAGAUGCUUGUAGUUCAAGAGAAGCAUGGUGGAUUCAAAGGUACAGGGGUGUGGAAGCUACCAACUGGGGUAGUCAAUGAGGGCGAGGACAUCUGUACAGCUGUAGUUCGAGAGGUUAAAGAAGAAACUGGAAUUGAUGCAGAAUUUGUGGAGGUUCUAGCUUUCAGGCAAAGUCACCGAUCGUUCUUUAGCAAAUCAGACCUGUUUUUUGUAUGCAUGUUACGGCCUCUCUCCUUUGACAUUCAGAUGCAAGAUUCAGAAAUUCAGGCAGCUCAGUGGAUGCCUGUCGAGGAGUAUGUGAAUCAGCCAUACAAUCAAAAAUACCCGAUCUUCAAAUAUAUUGCUGAAAUAUGUCAGACUAAAUCAGAGAGGGAUUACGCUGGAUUUUCCGCAGUUACUGCAGCCACGACGGCUUCUGGUAAAGACACCUACAUGUACUUUAAUAACCGGGAUUUCCGUAAAUUGUAAGACCUUUAUAGUAUAAUGCUUUAGCUUAUAGCUAAAUGGUUAAACCAUUCAGCUAUAAGUUAAAGGAUUAUAUUAUAGAGGGGCUUGCGGUUUGCUGAGCUUCAGGCUGUUGAAGUAUAUAUGUAUAUCUGGUGUGAGCAUUUUGACAAGAAGUUCAAGAUAUUGAAAUAUGAAAUUGCUAGUGAGUGCAUAUACUCGCAUUUACUUUAAACACAUUUAUAUUAUGUAUUCUUUUUUAUCAAAUUUAUUGUGAAGUGUUUUAAUUACUAAUGUAACAUGCAAGUUUUAAUAAAUACUAUUACAUACUCAA